GGUGUCGUGUUUGUGUGGUUAAAUGUAAUUCAAAAUAAAUCUAUUGACAAUAUAAUGUGUGACAAUGGCUUCGGUAAAAGUGGCUGUAAGGGUUCGCCCGUUCAACCAAAGGGAGAAAGACAUGAGCGCAAAACUCAUUGUCCAGAUGGAAGGAAAGAAAACCAGACUAAUGACCGUAAAAAAUAGCAAAGAGCAAAAUGACGGCAACCGCGAGAAAUACAAGGACUUCACGUUCGACCACUCCUACUGGUCGUUCGACCACGCUGACUCACACUAUGCGUCACAGGAACAGGUGUUCUCGGACCUGGGCCUGGACGUUAUCGACAGCGCGUUCGAGGGAUACAACGCGUGUGUCUUCGCUUAUGGGCAGACUGGCAGCGGCAAGACUUUCACCAUGAUGGGCUCGCCUGAGUACCAAGGCCUCAUCCCCCGCAUCUGCCGGCAACUUUUCUCGCGUGUCGCCGCGGGCAAGGAGUCCGGCGCCUCCUACCGCACGGAGGUCAGCUACCUCGAGAUCUACAAUGAGCGCGUCAAGGACUUGCUGGCAUCGGAUGCGGGACAUUCUUUGCGGGUGCGCGAGCAUCCGAAACUCGGGCCUUAUGUUCAAGACCUGUCUCGGCAUCUGGUGUCAGACUAUGAUGAUAUACAGGAAUGCAUGCACCGAGGAAACCUCCACCGAACCACGGCCUCCACACAGAUGAACGAUGUGUCGUCUCGCUCACACGCCAUAUUCACUAUCACCUUCGUGCAGGCCAGCUAUCUAAGGCACAAUAACAUGCCCAGUGAAACCGUUUCUAAAGUGCAUCUGGUGGACUUGGCUGGCAGUGAGCGAGCAGAUGCGACGGGAGCGACAGGGCAGCGCCUCGUGGAGGGUGCGCAUAUCAAUAAAUCUCUCGUCACGUUGGGGUCCGUCAUCUCCGCACUUGCGGAGUCUAGCCAGCAGCCUGUAGAAAAUCGAAAUCAAAAAGGAGCGAAGAAGGUGUUCAUUCCGUACAGAGACUCGGUUCUAACUUGGCUCCUGAAGGAUUCCUUGGGAGGAAAUUCCAAGACUAUAAUGAUUGCCGCUAUAUCCCCCGCUGACUGCAACUACGGUGAGACGCUGUCGACACUCCGCUACGCCAACCGAGCGAAGAAUAUUAUCAAUAAGCCGACUAUCAACGAAGAUCCCAACGUCAAACUUAUACGGGAGCUGCGCGAGGAGAUCGAGAAACUGCGGGCGCAGAUAUCGCACGAUACGGAUCCCAUCGAGGCUGAACCAGCCGUGCUCGCAACACUCCAACGCAAAGAAGCCCAAGAAAAAGUCCUCACAGAGAAAUGGACGGAAAAGUGGCGGGAGACGCAACAGAUCUUACAAGAACAGAAGGCGCUGGGACUAAGAAAGAGUGGCUUAGGAGUUGUACUAGACUCCGAUAUGCCACAUUUAGUGGGAAUAGAUGACAAUCUGCUGUCUACUGGAGUUACUCUGUACCAUCUCAAGGAAGGUGAAACAGUAAUCGGUACAGAAGAAUACAGCCCGACACCAGACAUAGUGUUAUCCGGUGCUGGAGUGCUGCCCCUACACUGCAAGAUCACAUUACACGAGGGUGUGGCGACACUGCACCCGGCGCCUUCAGCACACUGCUGGCUCAACACUGUGCUUCUGGACAAGGCGGCUAAACUCAGCCAAGGUUGCAUCCUCCUCCUCGGCCGAACCAACAUGUUCCGCUACAACGACCCCGCAGAGGCAGCUAAACUGAGACAGGAGGGCAACGCGUCUGUCAUGAACCUCUCCCGCUUAUCUCUACUCUCCUGGUCCACAACUGACUUGGCAGCUAGCACUGAGAACCUUAACACUACCCUAUCGGACUUGGAAGGUGAGAUCCGGUGCGAAAGAAUAGAAGCUCAGCGCGCUGAGUUAGAGCGAGAGAGACAACAGUUCAUUCUGCAGCAAGAAGAGCGGCAACGACGCUGGCACAGAGAGAGGGAGGAGCUACUUGAAGCACAGAAAAAGCUCGAUGAGGAGCGAGAAGCGAUGGAGCGCGAAUACGCAGCGGCGUGUCGGCGGUUAUCCGGCGACUGGCGCGCGUUAGAGCGUGGUUGGACGCACCGGCGGCGAGCGCUGCGCUCGCGGCGGAGAGAGCUCACAGCCAGAUCCGAGCGGCUAAGGGCGCUGGCUGACACACACACGAGAGCGGCGGACCAGGAGGACUCACACGUGGCGGAUCUGCGCGCACGCGUCGAAGAGAAGCGCGCCGAACUGGAGCGCGUGCUGCGGGUCGAACUUGCGGCGCAGGGCAUCACUGAGAGCCAAACCCCAAGUCCUUCGAGUCCAACUUCGCCCAACUCCGAAACGUCGACGGAGAGUCUGAUGCAUUUACUACAACAGUGCGAACCCACCACCGCCGCUACCAUACGUGACACUGUUGACAGACAUAAAAAAGAGCUAUUAGAAUUGGAAGGCGAACUCCAAAGCCGCGUAGCGUCGGUGGCGUGUCACCGCGUCAAAAUAGAGAGACUACAGGCAGAACUAGCGCUGUUGGGGACGCAAGACUUGGGGCUCAGACAUGCGCUAGCGUCAGACCUUAGUCCCACGGAUAGAAGAGAAGGCGACAACGAUUUGUCUCCCGGCGAAGGUGUGAAGAGGAGUAAAUCCGAAUUAGUACUGAGGCACACGCCACGAGAGGAGGCAUUGGAGCCACUGUCAGCGGACGAGCGAGAAGUGUUCAGAAACAAGCGGCUCAGCCUAAGCCUCAGCCUGGACCCGCUCGCCUCGCCCAACUCGUUCCCCGCCGACGACACCUUCCACACCGCCGCCUCCUCCCCGCCCGCCUCGCUGCCCACGCCCACGCCCACGCCCACCACCGCCGACGUCUCCGCGCUGCCCAGCGAGCCCACGCCCAACUUCCGCCUCGGGCCCGCGCCCGCGCCCGACGACAGCGACGACAUGUCCAGCACCGAGGACUGCCACAAGCCCAGGAUAGUGGAAGGGCAGUCUUCAAGCUCAGUAGAACGAUCGCCAGAAGAAAGGCACCAGAGAGCCAAGUUCAGAAGGAAGAUUGCGACGGAUGGCAAAUCCGGUCGACGGCAAGUGACCGAAGCGGAGGCGUUACGAGCGAUGCAGAGGCUGUGCUCGCGAAUAGCGUCGCAGAAGAUGCUCGUCAUAUCCUCGCUGGAGAACGACUGCUCCAAGGAGGAGCUCAACCGGCAGAUAGCGGUGCUUCAAGAUCUCCAAAAGAAGUACGUCCGCCUAGAGAUGGCGUUGCAGUAUUCUUUCUUCGACAACGGCAAGAGCAACGGGCGGUCCACCGUCACGCCCAUACAGGAGAUGCCCUCGCUUACGCUCAGCGAGAGCGAUGUGCUCGCCGACCCGCCUAAUGACAGAUUGAAAGACACAGAAAUCGAAGCGUCCGACAACGUGUCGACGUCUAACGACGAAACCGCCGAGUCGUGGGACGGCAUCGACGACCCCCUGCGGCGCGCGGCGCGGAACCAUGUCGAACAGGAACCCAACGGGAACGAGCUUAUAGUGGAUGUACCGCCACCGGACCCUACGGCGACAGUCGGUCUUAUGCACCCCAUAGAUUUCAAUGAGGUGGUGAGCAUCCCGGGCUGGGUGACCCGCGGCGCGGGCGCGUCCACCCACCACGAGUACGAGGUGCGCAUCCGCCUCGGCGCCCACCGCUGGGCGCUGCUGCGCCGCUACCGCCGCUUCCGGGACCUCUACCUGGCCAUGCGCCGCACUUACGGACACAAGGUGGCCUCCAUCCCGUUCCCGUCCCGUCAGCUGUGGCAGUCGGAGGGCGUGGCGCGCGCGCGGCGCGGCGCGUUGGAGGCGUUCCUGCGGCGGCUGCUGGCGGUGUGCGCCGAGGACCGCCGCUGCCCGCUGCACUGCGCGCCGCUCACGCCGCAUGCGCUCGUCUCCUUCUCGCCCUUCUUCCGGCGGGUGAGUGAUGUCUCAGUACAAGUGUGUGGGUGACACGCGGCGUGCUAGCAGCGUUCCUGCGGCGGCUGCUGGCGGUGUGCGCCGAGGACCGCCGCUGCCCGCUGCACUGCGCGCCGCUCACGCCGCAUGCGCUCGUCUCCUUCUCGCCCUUCUUCCGGCGGGUGAGUGAUGUCUCAGUACAAGUGUGUGGGUGACACGCGGCGUGCUAGCAGCGUUCCUGCGGCGGCUGCUGGCGGUGUGCGCCGAGGACCGCCGCUGCCCGCUGCACUGCGCGCCGCUCACGCCGCAUGCGCUCGUCUCCUUCUCGCCCUUCUUCCGGCGGGUGAGUGAUGUCUCAGUACAAGUGUGUGGGUGACACGCGGCGUGCUAGCAGCGUUCCUGCGGCGGCUGCUGGCGGUGUGCGCCGAGGACCGCCGCUGCCCGCUGCACUGCGCGCCGCUCACGCCGCAUGCGCUCGUCUCCUUCUCGCCCUUCUUCCGGCGGGUGAGUGAUGUCUCAGUACAAGUGUGUGGGUGACACGCGGCGUGCUAGCAGCGUUCCUGCGGCGGCUGCUGGCGGUGUGCGCCGAGGACCGCCGCUGCCCGCUGCACUGCGCGCCGCUCACGCCGCAUGCGCUCGUCUCCUUCUCGCCCUUCUUCCGGCGGGUGAGUGAUGUCUCAGUACAAGUGUGUGGGUGACACGCGGCGUGCUAGCAGCGUUCCUGCGGCGGCUGCUGGCGGUGUGCGCCGAGGACCGCCGCUGCCCGCUGCACUGCGCGCCGCUCACGCCGCAUGCGCUCGUCUCCUUCUCGCCCUUCUUCCGGCGGGUGAGUGAUGUCUCAGUACAAGUGUGUGGGUGACACGCGGCGUGCUAGCAGCGUUCCUGCGGCGGCUGCUGGCGGUGUGCGCCGAGGACCGCCGCUGCCCGCUGCACUGCGCGCCGCUCACGCCGCAUGCGCUCGUCUCCUUCUCGCCCUUCUUCCGGCGGGUGAGUGAUGUCUCAGUACAAGUGUGUGGGUGACACGCGGCGUGCUAGCAGCGUUCCUGCGGCGGCUGCUGGCGGUGUGCGCCGAGGACCGCCGCUGCCCGCUGCACUGCGCGCCGCUCACGCCGCAUGCGCUCGUCUCCUUCUCGCCCUUCUUCCGGCGGGUGAGUGAUGUCUCAGUACAAGUGUGUGGGUGACACGCGGCGUGCUAGCAGCGUUCCUGCGGCGGCUGCUGGCGGUGUGCGCCGAGGACCGCCGCUGCCCGCUGCACUGCGCGCCGCUCACGCCGCAUGCGCUCGUCUCCUUCUCGCCCUUCUUCCGGCGGGUGAGUGAUGUCUCAGUACAAGUGUGUGGGUGACACGCGGCGUGCUAGCAGCGUUCCUGCGGCGGCUGCUGGCGGUGUGCGCCGAGGACCGCCGCUGCCCGCUGCACUGCGCGCCGCUCACGCCGCAUGCGCUCGUCUCCUUCUCGCCCUUCUUCCGGCGGGUGAGUGAUGUCUCAGUACAAGUGUGUGGGUGACACGCGGCGUGCUAGCAGCGUUCCUGCGGCGGCUGCUGGCGGUGUGCGCCGAGGACCGCCGCUGCCCGCUGCACUGCGCGCCGCUCACGCCGCAUGCGCUCGUCUCCUUCUCGCCCUUCUUCCGGCGGGUGAGUGAUGUCUCAGUACAAGUGUGUGGGUGACACGCGGCGUGCUAGCAGCGUUCCUGCGGCGGCUGCUGGCGGUGUGCGCCGAGGACCGCCGCUGCCCGCUGCACUGCGCGCCGCUCACGCCGCAUGCGCUCGUCUCCUUCUCGCCCUUCUUCCGGCGGGUGAGUGAUGUCUCAGUACAAGUGUGUGGGUGACACGCGGCGUGCUAGCAGCGUUCCUGCGGCGGCUGCUGGCGGUGUGCGCCGAGGACCGCCGCUGCCCGCUGCACUGCGCGCCGCUCACGCCGCAUGCGCUCGUCUCCUUCUCGCCCUUCUUCCGGCGGGUGAGUGAUGUCUCAGUACAAGUGUGUGGGUGACACGCGGCGUGCUAGCAGCGUUCCUGCGGCGGCUGCUGGCGGUGUGCGCCGAGGACCGCCGCUGCCCGCUGCACUGCGCGCCGCUCACGCCGCAUGCGCUCGUCUCCUUCUCGCCCUUCUUCCGGCGGGUGAGUGAUGUCUCAGUACAAGUGUGUGGGUGACACGCGGCGUGCUAGCAGCGUUCCUGCGGCGGCUGCUGGCGGUGUGCGCCGAGGACCGCCGCUGCCCGCUGCACUGCGCGCCGCUCACGCCGCAUGCGCUCGUCUCCUUCUCGCCCUUCUUCCGGCGGGUGAGUGAUGUCUCAGUACAAGUGUGUGGGUGACACGCGGCGUGCUAGCAGCGUUCCUGCGGCGGCUGCUGGCGGUGUGCGCCGAGGACCGCCGCUGCCCGCUGCACUGCGCGCCGCUCACGCCGCAUGCGCUCGUCUCCUUCUCGCCCUUCUUCCGGCGGGUGAGUGAUGUCUCAGUACAAGUGUGUGGGUGACACGCGGCGUGCUAGCAGCGUUCCUGCGGCGGCUGCUGGCGGUGUGCGCCGAGGACCGCCGCUGCCCGCUGCACUGCGCGCCGCUCACGCCGCAUGCGCUCGUCUCCUUCUCGCCCUUCUUCCGGCGGGUGAGUGAUGUCUCAGUACAAGUGUGUGGGUGACACGCGGCGUGCUAGCAGCGUUCCUGCGGCGGCUGCUGGCGGUGUGCGCCGAGGACCGCCGCUGCCCGCUGCACUGCGCGCCGCUCACGCCGCAUGCGCUCGUCUCCUUCUCGCCCUUCUUCCGGCGGGUGAGUGAUGUCUCAGUACAAGUGUGUGGGUGACACGCGGCGUGCUAGCAGCGUUCCUGCGGCGGCUGCUGGCGGUGUGCGCCGAGGACCGCCGCUGCCCGCUGCACUGCGCGCCGCUCACGCCGCAUGCGCUCGUCUCCUUCUCGCCCUUCUUCCGGCGGGUGAGUGAUGUCUCAGUACAAGUGUGUGGGUGACACGCGGCGUGCUAGCAGCGUUCCUGCGGCGGCUGCUGGCGGUGUGCGCCGAGGACCGCCGCUGCCCGCUGCACUGCGCGCCGCUCACGCCGCAUGCGCUCGUCUCCUUCUCGCCCUUCUUCCGGCGGGUGAGUGAUGUCUCAGUACAAGUGUGUGGGUGACACGCGGCGUGCUAGCAGCGUUCCUGCGGCGGCUGCUGGCGGUGUGCGCCGAGGACCGCCGCUGCCCGCUGCACUGCGCGCCGCUCACGCCGCAUGCGCUCGUCUCCUUCUCGCCCUUCUUCCGGCGGGUGAGUGAUGUCUCAGUACAAGUGUGUGGGUGACACGCGGCGUGCUAGCAGCGUUCCUGCGGCGGCUGCUGGCGGUGUGCGCCGAGGACCGCCGCUGCCCGCUGCACUGCGCGCCGCUCACGCCGCAUGCGCUCGUCUCCUUCUCGCCCUUCUUCCGGCGGGUGAGUGAUGUCUCAGUACAAGUGUGUGGGUGACACGCGGCGUGCUAGCAGCGUUCCUGCGGCGGCUGCUGGCGGUGUGCGCCGAGGACCGCCGCUGCCCGCUGCACUGCGCGCCGCUCACGCCGCAUGCGCUCGUCUCCUUCUCGCCCUUCUUCCGGCGGGUGAGUGAUGUCUCAGUACAAGUGUGUGGGUGACACGCGGCGUGCUAGCAGCGUUCCUGCGGCGGCUGCUGGCGGUGUGCGCCGAGGACCGCCGCUGCCCGCUGCACUGCGCGCCGCUCACGCCGCAUGCGCUCGUCUCCUUCUCGCCCUUCUUCCGGCGGGUGAGUGAUGUCUCAGUACAAGUGUGUGGGUGACACGCGGCGUGCUAGCAGCGUUCCUGCGGCGGCUGCUGGCGGUGUGCGCCGAGGACCGCCGCUGCCCGCUGCACUGCGCGCCGCUCACGCCGCAUGCGCUCGUCUCCUUCUCGCCCUUCUUCCGGCGGGUGAGUGAUGUCUCAGUACAAGUGUGUGGGUGACACGCGGCGUGCUAGCAGCGUUCCUGCGGCGGCUGCUGGCGGUGUGCGCCGAGGACCGCCGCUGCCCGCUGCACUGCGCGCCGCUCACGCCGCAUGCGCUCGUCUCCUUCUCGCCCUUCUUCCGGCGGGUGAGUGAUGUCUCAGUACAAGUGUGUGGGUGACACGCGGCGUGCUAGCAGCGUUCCUGCGGCGGCUGCUGGCGGUGUGCGCCGAGGACCGCCGCUGCCCGCUGCACUGCGCGCCGCUCACGCCGCAUGCGCUCGUCUCCUUCUCGCCCUUCUUCCGGCGGGUGAGUGAUGUCUCAGUACAAGUGUGUGGGUGACACGCGGCGUGCUAGCAGCGUUCCUGCGGCGGCUGCUGGCGGUGUGCGCCGAGGACCGCCGCUGCCCGCUGCACUGCGCGCCGCUCACGCCGCAUGCGCUCGUCUCCUUCUCGCCCUUCUUCCGGCGGGUGAGUGAUGUCUCAGUACAAGUGUGUGGGUGACACGCGGCGUGCUAGCAGCGUUCCUGCGGCGGCUGCUGGCGGUGUGCGCCGAGGACCGCCGCUGCCCGCUGCACUGCGCGCCGCUCACGCCGCAUGCGCUCGUCUCCUUCUCGCCCUUCUUCCGGCGGGUGAGUGAUGUCUCAGUACAAGUGUGUGGGUGACACGCGGCGUGCUAGCAGCGUUCCUGCGGCGGCUGCUGGCGGUGUGCGCCGAGGACCGCCGCUGCCCGCUGCACUGCGCGCCGCUCACGCCGCAUGCGCUCGUCUCCUUCUCGCCCUUCUUCCGGCGGGUGAGUGAUGUCUCAGUACAAGUGUGUGGGUGACACGCGGCGUGCUAGCAGCGUUCCUGCGGCGGCUGCUGGCGGUGUGCGCCGAGGACCGCCGCUGCCCGCUGCACUGCGCGCCGCUCACGCCGCAUGCGCUCGUCUCCUUCUCGCCCUUCUUCCGGCGGGUGAGUGAUGUCUCAGUACAAGUGUGUGGGUGACACGCGGCGUGCUAGCAGCGUUCCUGCGGCGGCUGCUGGCGGUGUGCGCCGAGGACCGCCGCUGCCCGCUGCACUGCGCGCCGCUCACGCCGCAUGCGCUCGUCUCCUUCUCGCCCUUCUUCCGGCGGGUGAGUGAUGUCUCAGUACAAGUGUGUGGGUGACACGCGGCGUGCUAGCAGCGUUCCUGCGGCGGCUGCUGGCGGUGUGCGCCGAGGACCGCCGCUGCCCGCUGCACUGCGCGCCGCUCACGCCGCAUGCGCUCGUCUCCUUCUCGCCCUUCUUCCGGCAGGUGAGUGAUGUCUCAGUACAAGUGUGUGGGUGACACGCGGCGUGCUAGCAGCGUUCCUGCGGCGGCUGCUGGCGGUGUGCGCCGAGGACCGCCGCUGCCCGCUGCACUGCGCGCCGCUCACGCCGCAUGCGCUCGUCUCCUUCUCGCCCUUCUUCCGGCGGGUGAGUGAUGUCUCAGUACAAGUGUGUGGGUGACACGCGGCGUGCUAGCAGCGUUCCUGCGGCGGCUGCUGGCGGUGUGCGCCGAGGACCGCCGCUGCCCGCUGCACUGCGCGCCGCUCACGCCGCAUGCGCUCGUCUCCUUCUCGCCCUUCUUCCGGCGGGGCGUGUUCGAGUCGGGCAAGUGCGGCACGGGCUGACGGCGCGCGGAGCUCGCCGCGGCGCGCGCGCUGCUCGCGUGCGCGCUGCGCCUCGCCGCCGCGCUCGCGCUGCUGCUCGCGCACGCCAUCGCGCUGCUGCUGCUGCUGCUCUACAUGCUCUACCGGAGGCUCAGGUAGCCCAUCCACUCACCCGGGGGAUUAUAUAUAGAGACGUUACUGCCAGCGAUUAUAACUAGCGGAGAGUUGAUGGUUCUUGCAUACGGCGUACAGUCUGACCAAAAAGAGUAGAAAUUAAAAAAGUAACAACAUCGUAGUUUCGUCCCGUUUUCUCACACUGAUUUGAAAGGGAUGACACUACAAUCACAGUAUAAUAAAGAGUACUAUCG